GACCUCGGGUUGGACGUUGCGCACGUCUCUACAUAAAGCUCGAAUAAUAAUACGCCCCAUAUAAUAUCUUCCCACCUCCACCUCUCACCUCCCCACCUUCGGAGUUCCCUCUCUCCAAGCUUCAAAUCCUCAUGGCUCAGAAGGUGAUACUGAAGGUGUUGACGAUGGCAGACGACAAAACGAAGCAGAAGGCCAUCGAAGCUGCUGCUGAUAUUUUCGGGGUAGACUCGAUAGCGGCGGAUUUGACGGAUCAGAAGCUGACGGUGAUAGGAUUGAUGGACACGGUGGCGGUGGUGAAGAAGCUGAAGAAAGUGGGGAAGGUGGACAUCAUAUCGGUAGGACCAGCGGUGGAGGAGAAGAAAGAGGAGAAGAAGGAAGAGAAGAAAGAGGACAAGAAAGAGGAAAAGAAGGAGGAGCCCCGAGUGGAGAAAAAGAAGAAGCAAAAGUUGUGGAGAAUAAAUGAAGAAAAAAAUGAGUGAUCCUCAUUGGUCAAUUGCAUAUCCCUAGAAUUUUCCUUUCUCUCUUUUGUUUUGUUUUGUUUUUGUUAAAAGUAUGCUCAUGCAAGAUAAGAAUUCCAUGUUGCAGCUUAUUGAAAUUCAGAUGAAUGGCACCUAUUAAAUUAAGGUAUUGAAUAACUUACUUCUACUAUUGUUCGAUCUUGAAUUGAGUUCGACAUCUUUUCUUAUGAGAAAUUCCGAA